UGGAAAGGACAACCGAUAGAAAAACCCACUAGACAACUAAUUAAAAACAUUGGCAGAGCUUACACAAUAGCAAUGUGGUUCUUACAAAAAUGCAAUGCUGAAUGGGAGAAUAUUCAAAGUGAAAUUUUUUUAUCACCUACUAAUGCAAUCUCAAGCGUUUAUCAAAAAAUAAUGAAAACAGCAAUAAAGUUUUCAGGUCCAGCUAUAAUGGGAUUUGAUAACCCAAUUAUAUUCAAUAUUUUAAUUCAAGACCUUCCUUUUCAAAUGUAUGUAUUUAUCUUGGAAAAGUUACAGGUUUGGAUCCUUGGUAUAGGAAAAUUAAGUAAAUCUGAAUGGAACUAUGCGGGAACUAGUUAUAAAGCUGCUUUUAUAUAUAUGUAUCAAAAACAACAAUGUAUUUUUUUUGAGGAAUUUGAUGAUGAUAAAUGCAAGCUCAUAAUUUAUAAUAAGCAAAUAGAGGUUUCAAAAACUUUUACCAAUAUUGAUCCUGAUUUAUUAUGGAAACAAGUUAAUUGUUUACAACAAUACAAUGGAAAAAAACUUUUUGGAUUAGAAAAACCACAUACACAGAACUUAACUCAGUCUAUUAAAAUACCUACCUGUUCAUUAGACAAAUGGAACAAUAAUCAAAUAAUGGAAUGUGUUUACAAUUAUCAUCUAAAACGUAGACUAUCAACUUAUGUAAAUUGGUUUGAAUGGUUUAAUCAAUGGCAAGAAGAAACUUUAACAAUUAUAGAAUUAUAA